AUGUCCACGGGCCAUGCCUCCGGAACAAGCCUCUUAGACGAGGUAUUUCUGAACGAGGACCAUGUGCGUACGUAUGAGUCGUAUCUCGCACAGAUCGACGAGGCGAAAAAGGCAGGCCAGGUCCCUCGGAUCCGUUCAGUUUCAGCCGUGUCGGAUUUUGCGCCCAUUUGCGAGAUGGUCGAUGUAGGGAAUGAUCCCAAGGAUGACAAAGAAACGAAAGAAGACCGCAGUGUACCAGAGGGAUGGACGUAUGGUGCUCUUCGUUUCCCGCUGCUCUUUUUCGUGCUGUGGUUGAUCAGCUUGGACUUUUGUCUGUACAUCCUUGUGCGCCAGGCGGUGAAUGUGAUAGAAAAAGUCAGUGCAUGGCAUGGAAUGAGCGGCAAGCUCCGGCGACGUUUGCAGACGGCCUACACGUACCGGGACUGGAAACGCGCGGCUUUGGACUUUGAUGCUUAUCGUAACUACGACGAGUGGAAGUCGCACGAUGCGAGUCCCUUCUACGACUGGCGCCUCGUCCAGCGCGUUGUACGCGCGAUGCGCCUAGCCCGUGAGCAAGACCAGGCACAGGCGCUCAUGGGCAUUUUGACGUUGUGUGUAAAGCAGGGAUUCGCAGGUAUCGAGAACCUUGAGCUGUACAGCCAGUCGUUCUAUGGCACAAAGCAGCUGAUUGAGCGGUACUAUUAUGAAGUCGAAGAGUCCCUUGCUUACCUUGAAAGCACGCCAAAUGUAUCUGCACCCGUCAAGAGUGCCUUUUAUCGGGCCGUCUUCUUAAACUUUGGCCGCUCCGCACUCUGUCUGAGCGGCGGCGCGGCCUUUGCCUACUACCACAUCGGCGUGGCACGUGCUCUAUUAGAUGCGAAUCUGCUGCCCAACAUUGUGAGUGGCACCUCGGCAGGUGGGCUCAUCGCCGCUCUCUUGUGCACACGCACAAACGAGGAAUUGAAGGAGCUGCUUGUGCCUGACUUGGCUCGGCACAUCACGGGCUGUGAUGACCCUAUGCACGUUUGGAUUGCACGUGCAUGGCGCACAGGCGCACGCUUCGAUACAUCAAAAUGGGCACGGAAGGUACAAUUCUUCACGCGUGGGUCGUUGACGUUUCGCGAGGCGUUCGAGCGAACGGGCAAGACCCUCAACAUCAGUGUGGUGCCGUUUGAGCAGCAUUCGCCCGCACAGCUUAUGAACCAUGUGACGGCGCCGGACUGCAUUGUUUGGUCAGCUGUGCUAGCGUCAGCAGCCGUGCCGGGGAUUUUGAACCCGGUAUGCCUUCUGCAGAAACUUCCCGACGGCUCGAUUAUCCCUUGGAGCUGGGGCAACCAAUUCCGCGAUGGCAGCCUGCGAGUGGACAUUCCUUUGGAAAGCCUCAAUUCGAUGUUCAACGUAACGCACCCGAUCGUAUCGCAAGUGAAUCCACACGUCCACCUCUUCCACUUUGGCUCACGCGGUGCCCCUGGACGCCCAACAGCAUUUCGGCGGGGGCGCGGAUGGCGUGGUGGCUUCCUGCUCUCGGCUGCCGAACACAUUCUCAAACUAAAUCUGCUGACCAAUCUGGCCAUCCUUCGUGACCUGGCCUUGCUGCCAAAAAUUUUGGGUCAGGACUGGUCGUCCCUAUUCCUGCAAAAGUUCCAGGGCACCGUCACGAUAUAUCCGAAGUCACGCCUGAAAGACUGGCCACGCAUCCUCACUGAUCCAGAUGCUACCGAGCUCGCCCAGAUCAUCCAUUCCGGUUGCUACGUCACGUACCCGAAGCAACAUAUGAUCAGUCAUCUUGUCCGCAUUGAGCGUGCGAUACUUCGAGGAAAGGCCCAUUUCCAAUCACGUUCACACGUGCACGACACAUGCGAGCAUGAGCUUCGCGACGCUGCGAUCGAGGCGUCCGACAUGCUCCAACGCCCACUGGCGAAGGAAGACGUUGCAGGCAGCAAAGAUGCUGGCCCAUCUCGUUCGUCCAACAGGCAAGAUGAUCGCCUUUUCCAGGAGCAUUCCAACCUGCUUGAACUGCGCCCAGAAGACCUAGAGCAUCUCUUGGAUCGAUUCCAAGACGAAUCCACGUAA